CGUCACUAGUACAAGAAGUCUGGCUUACUUCCAAUACAAAGCAAAAAAUUAACAGCUUCAUGAUUCGUGUCUCAUGAUUCUACCUCUCAAACCCAAAUCAGUUCUCCAAUUUCUAACAACAUUUUGUUCUCUUUCUUCAUCAAAUUCGACAUGGGUAUCUCAUUUCUCGAAGAAAUCUCCUCAAACUUUAUCGGAAGCAAAAACCAAUCUCUCAUGUUUCUUCAAUUCAACGAAGAUUCAAAUUGGAAGCCGAAAUUCAAACAAAGAAAGCAUUGACCAUGAGCUGGAAUUGGUUUCUGCUCUGAAAUCAUGUUCUUCUUUGCAAGCAGUUUUUCAAGGACAGCAAAUUCAUUCCCUAAUCUUAAAAUCAGGUCUUGAUUCCAACAUUUUUAUUCAAAACAGUUUGAUUAGUAUGUAUGUUAAGUGUAAUCAGAUUGGCGUUGCUAAAGCUCUAUUCGAUUCGUGUUCUCGAUUGGAUUCAAUUUCGUGUAAUAUUAUGCUUGGUGCUUAUGUGAAAUCUAGUAUGUUAGAUAAUGCCCUCCAACUGUUUGAUGUAAUGCCUGAUAGAGGUGGUGUUACUUACACCACCUUGAUAAUGGGUUUGGCCAAGAGUGAUAGAUGGAGUCAAGCAAUUAUGGUUUUUAAGGGUAUGAAAGUUGCAGGUGUUUCUCCGAAUGAAGUAACUAUGGCUAGUGUCAUCUCAUCGUAUACUCGUGUUGGUAGAAUUUCGGAUGGUAGAGCUCUCCAGGCAUAUAGUACCAAGGUUGGACUGAAAGAUAUUGUUCUUGUUUCUACUAAUUUGUUACAUUUGUACUGUCUUAAAUCUAGUUUAGACGAUGCUAGGAGAUUAUUCAAUGAAAUGCCAGAGAAGAACAUAGUUUCUUGGAAUGUAAUGUUGAAUGGAUUUUCAAAAGCAAGGUAUGUGGAUUUGGCAAGGGAUUUGUUUGAAAAGAUCCCUGAAAAGGAUGUAGUUUCAUGGGGUACAAUUGUUGACGCAUAUGUACAAGUAGAUAGGUUAGUCGAAGCUUUAACACUGUAUCGUACCAUGCUAAGCACGGGUUUGAGGCCCAACGAUGUUAUGAUGGUGGAUUUAAUUUCAGGAUGUGGGCGAGUAAUGGCAAUUAGUGAGGGUCAGCAAUUACAUGCCACAAUAGUAAAGACUGGCUUUAACUGCUAUGAUUUUAUUCAAUCUACAGUUAUUCACUUGUACUCAUCUUGUGGGAAAAUUAACCUAGCUUGCUUGCAGUUUGAGGUAGCCUGUAAAUCCCAUCUUGCAUCAUGGAAUGCCCUUAUUUCAGGGUUUACAAGAAAUGGAAUGAUUGAGAAGGCUCGAGAAGUCUUUGAGAAGAUGCCUGAAAGAGAUAUAUUCUCUUGGAGCUCCAUGAUUUCUGGUUAUUCACAGGAUGGACAGGCGAACAUGGCUUUAGAGUUAUUUCAGGGAAUGGUGGAAACUGGUGUCCAGCCAAAUGAGAUCACUAUGGUGAGUGUUCUUUCUUCCAUUGCCACGUUAGGCGCAUUGAAAGAAGCCAAAUGGGCCCAUGAAUUCAUCAGAAGUAAUUCUAUCCCCCUGAAUGACAAUUUGAUUGCAGCGCUUAUUGAUGUUUAUGCAAAAUGUGGGAGCAUCAGCAAUGCCUUGGAUUUUUUCAAUCCAUUGCGACUGAAAGUGACUUCAGUCUCCCCAUGGAAUGCAAUAAUAUGUGGAUUGGCAAUGCAUGGGCAUGCUACCUUAUCGUUGAGAAUGUUUGAAGACUUGGAAAAAACGAGUAUUCAACCCAACUCGAUCACUUUUAUUGGAGUUUUGACAGCUUGUUGCCAUGCUGGGUUGGUGGAAGCAGGGGAAAAGUACUUUGAGAGCAUGAAAAAGGUGUAUAACAUAAAUCCAAAUAUUAAGCAUUAUGGUUGUAUGGUGGACCUCCUAGGUAGAGCAGGGCGAUUGCAAGAAGCAGAGGCAAUUGUAGAGAGCAUGCCAAUGAAGAAAGAUGUGGUUAUAUGGGGUACAUUGUUGGCAGCCUGUAGAACACAUGGUAAUGUGGAGGUAGGAGAGAGAGCAGCCAAGAGUCUUAGGAGCUUAGACACCUCUCAUGGGGCAAGCAGGGUCCUACUCUCCAACCUUUACGCAGAUGCUGGAAGGUGGAAUGAUGCGACUGGGGUUCGGAAAUCAAUGGAAGGUGAGCAUAUGAUAAGGUUGCCUGGUGCUAGUUUUGCAUGACAGAGUACUGUUUUUAGAUCAAGUUGGAAAGGUUUUACUGUUGUAAUUCUCGAGAUAGUUGUUUACUAUGGCAAAUAAGUUCCAAAGGCCACCUGGAAAAAUGUAAAGUCUUGUUUGUAAAUGUCAUGGAACAGUCUUCAACCCCCUGGGCAAUGGAUCUUUCCGCAAAAACUACACUUACCCCCAGGGCAUACCCUGGUAUAGUCUGCAUACCCUGUGUUUAUAGUCGUUUUAUGUACCUAAGAUCGAUACCGUAGCCUCUAUUGUUUCACAGUUGCAUACAUAUGGACCUAACUGGACUCUAUAAUCAAUCACUUGAGAUCUAGUAGCCUCGGCAGGUUUUCAGUUGUGUACAUAUGGAUUAACCCCGUAAUUGGAAAGAGUGUUGAUUGAAUUUGAGGAUCUUACUGAAUUGAUUGUGUUCAUUGCUAUAAGUAAUAAGUUGUUUAGAAUUUAUCAUGUGGUUUAUUGAACGAAUUUAUGUGUUUGUAGCUCUCUGCUCUCUGUUUUGUUUUAUUUUUGCUGCAGGGAGGUUCUGAGAGGAUGGUGUGGCAGGUCUGCUGCCAGUUUUUGACUGCUGAGCAGCUGCACUAAGAUGUCUGCUGUGAGCAGUGCCGUUCCGAGGGGAGUCACUGGGGUUCUGCUUCUGUUCAACUCGCACUGCUGCUGUUGUUAAGUCAAGAAGACUACAACCUGAUGCAGAGGGUUAUGUACAAAGGACAAUACCAUACUCAAUGAAGAGUUAGAAGAAACUCGAGAACAAUGGGCAAAGCAUUUUAAAGACAAGUAUUUGAUAAAUACCAUCGAAUGAGUUCAUUGUCUAGUAAUGUUAUGUUUCAUGUUUUUGCUUUCUAGUAUUUAAUGGAUGUUGCCUAUGUACAUUGAUAUUAUGAUGUUGGAUAUGACGUUGGAUGCUAGCUGAAGCAUAUAUAUGUUGGAUGUUGGAGCAUAUAUGUUAUGUCUUAUACACAGGUUAUUAUAUAAAUUUCUUUUUUUGGGUUUUACAAAUUAUAAAGGAACCUAUGGCAAAAUUUCUGCCACAUAUUAACUAUUUGUGGUAUGUUUUAAUAAUUUGUUGGUUGUUGUCAAAUAAUGGCAUUAUGCUUUGAUGCUA